UAAGGACUGGAACAUGGAAGAGUUGGAGCAAGAUGUAAAGUUUAUUGCGGAUGAGACCUUGGACUUUGUAGAGUCGUCAUCAUCUGACAGCCGGGAGGAGGAAGACAUAGCUGCAGUGGCGACUCCGGAGAAGCCCCUUCGCCGUGCCCUGUCCCACCGCAGUGACGUGAAUGCAGUGGCCCCCACCCCCCAAGGUCUUUGGCUCAGCCUGGGCCCCUUCAGCCCAAAGAAGCUGGAGGAGAUCCUGGUUGAGGGCCAGCGGCUGGCAGCCCAGCUGGAGCAGUGCUCCCUUCAGGAGCCCCCAAGUGAGGGCUCAACACCCUGCAGGGUGACGCCUAGCCUGCGGCGAGAGACCUUUGUGCUGAAGAACAGUCCCAUGAGGGGCCUGCUGCCCACGGUGAGCUCGUCGGCGCGGAGCACUCCCCACUCCAGCAGCCUCACACCCCGACUGGGGAGCAGUGAUCGGAAGGGGUCGGCCAGAGCCCUCCGCAGCGUGUCUGGGAAGAAGGCCCUGAGCACAAAGAGGUUCCUGUUUCGCAGAGACCAAAUCUUCCCAGCCUUGGUUCUGCUCGCAGCAAUCUUCAGCCCCGGCCAAAAGGGGCUGUGUCUGCAGCACCUGCCAGCCUUUAACGCUUCCUUCCAGAACCAGCUCAGUUCCCUGUGA